CUUCUUACUCCAGCUUUCUUCCUUCAUCCUUUCUCUUUCCCCUUGUAAUCCCUCUUCCCCAUCUCUAGGACCACCUCGAGCUCUGGUGGGAAAUUGAUUCCUUCAACGACAUCUGACAAACCCCUCACUACACUACCCUCCACUGCUCUCCCCCGCAAUGUCUUCCUACUCCCAGGAUGACGACCACGAUCCCCAGGCGGACGAGCUCCGCGAGACCGCCUUGGUUACCCUGGAGUCCUUGAUUAGCUCUUGCGGUCCUCAGAUGCAACCGUACCUACCGAACACCCUCCGAUCCGCUCUUCGAUACCUGAAAUACGACCCGAAUGUCGCGGAGCUCGAGGAGGACGAGGAAAUGGGUGGUACACAAGACGAUGGCUCUGAAGAUGAUGACACCGAGGAGCCCGACCUGGAGGAUGAUGACUUUGAGGAUUUUGAAGAAGAGGGGGGCUACAGUGAUAUGGACGAUAUGAGCUGGAAGGUCCGGCGCUGUGCAGCCAAGCUCCUCUACACCCUCAUCUCCAACUUCGGGCACGGCCGUACUCUGGACGAUAGCUCUUUGUACCAGCAAAUCGCGCCCGCUCUCAUCGCUCGAUUCGGCAAGGAACGCGAGGAGAGUGUUAAACUGGAAGUCAUCUCCACCAUGACUGCCUUGGUGCGGAAGACGGGUGAUGGGUCGAUGAUCAUGACCUCGAAUGGCUAUCUGGAGUCCGUCAGUGGCUCGAAGAAUACCAGGAAACGCAGACGGCAAGACAGUGAUGCGAGCAUGGUGGACUUUGAGCCGAGCAUUGGCACCUCGUCGGCCGCCAGCACCCCGGUCAUCACGCCGUCAUCCCCCAAGUCCGGCCCGCAGGCAGACCUCGCCCGCUCGGUGCCCGUGAUUGUCCAGAGCUUGGUCAAGAUGUGGAAGCAGGCGUCGGUGCCUCUCAAGCAGGCCAUCAUUGUGCUGCUCAAAAGCCUAGCGCUGGUUCGCUACGGCGGGUUGGCGGACCACCUCCAGCAAAUUGAGGACCCCAUCGUCGAUGUGCUCAAGUCUUCUUCCCUAUCCGGAAGCUCCUCCGCACCGGCCGGCGCGGCAGCCAGCGCAGGCACUCUGCAGACGGAGACACUCACUCUCAUCGCCGCCGUUGCCGAAACCCAUUCGUCCGACGCACUCUUGCCUUUCCUCAUUGCGUUAAUUCCGGGCGUCACCGGGGCGGUCAACGACCGAAACUACAAGGUCAGCAGCGAAGCUCUGGGCGCGGUCGAGCAGAUUGUCAAGGCCCUCACGCCACCCCGAGUGUCUGCUCCGUCUCAGGACAUCGCAUCGCAGCUCGAGCAGCUGUAUAAUAUCGUCCUCGCGCGGAUCACCGACACCAGCGCCGAUCUGGAGGUGCGCCAGCGCGCCAUCCACGUGUUCGGGGUUCUCCUCGCUCGCACUUCGGGUGACCAAGGAUCAGCCUUCCUCCCGUCAGACUGUCGUUCCAAGGGGCUGUCGGUGCUGGUGGAUCGCCUGAGAAACGAGACCACUCGACUGUCGGCCGUUCGGGCGGUCGACGACGUCGCCGUUCUGUGUGCUCGUGAAGUCGACGUGACCGCCGCGUGGGUCAGCGAAGUCACGGCGGAGCUCGGGGCCCAGUUGCGGAAAUCUGACCGGGUCCUUCGUGGUGCCAGCUUGGAAGCCCUGCGGAGCUUGGCCAUGAAUUCUGCCACCAGAGCUCACUACACUGACAAGACGAGGCAGGAACUGGAAGAUGCCCUGCUGCCGCUCAUCAACGCCGAGGAUUUCCAUUUCCUCGCCCCGUCUCUGAUUAUCCUGGCCAGGCUCAUCCCCGGAAACGCCCCACUUCUGGUCAACCAAAAGCUCGUGUCCGCUCUCUGUUCGAUCGUCGUCGCCCCUCUUGUCGGUACCGUGUUGAAAGCGUUGCUCCUGCUGGUCAAGGUGAUUGGCGAAGAGGGCGCCGGUGCUGAUCUAAUGAAGACCUUUCUGCGCGAUGUCGGCAUCAAUGGCGACACCUCCGUUGUCGGCCGGGCGGUUGGGACGCUUCUGGUGCACGGUGGCCCCAAAUUGGGGGUCAAGAUGGAGGAUUUCUUGGCGGAGCUCCAAACCGCGCAGGAUGCCCAGCGGAAAUGCCUCGCACUCGCCAUCUUGGGAGAGGUCGGCCUCCGGAUGGGCUCCGAUUGCUCGCUUACGCCCCAGCUUUUCAUCGACCACUUCAACUCCAAAUCCGACAAGGUCCGCCUGGCUGCGGCCACGUCGCUUGGAAACGCAGCUGCGGGCAACAUGAAAGCAUACCUGCCGACGAUCUUGGGAGGUUUGGACAAGUCGAGUCCUCAGAGUUACCUGACCCUGCAUUCCGUGAAGGAAUUGCUUCAGCAUCCUGAAAUCGUUCGCCCGGACGUUGCUCCUUCUGCACAGAAACUGUGGCAAGCUCUACUGGUUGUGUCGGAAGAGGAAGAUAAUAGAGCGGUCGGUGCCGAAUGCAUCGGUCGACUGGCGUUGAUUGAUCCUGUGGCGUACAUCCCGCAUUUCCAGGAAUACCUGUCGAGUCCUGAUCCCAGCAUCCGCGGUGUUGUGAUUUCCGCCUUCCGGUACACGCUUUCGGAUGCGAGAGAUAGUUUUAAUGACGUCUUGAGGCCAUUGAUUGUGCCGCUGCUGGUCAACAUGCUCAGCGACCGCGAUCUCGGCAACCAUCGUCUAGCCCUGACAACGCUGAACUCUGCCAUCCACAAUAAGAUGGACAUCAUCUCGCCGCACCUAAACGAACUGCUCCCGGCUGUAUUCGGCGACACGAAGAUCAAACCGGAGCUCAUUCGGGAGGUUCAAAUGGGGCCAUUCAAGCACCGCGUGGACGAUGGGCUUGAACUUCGAAAGAGUGCCUACGAAACACUCUACGCCUCCCUCGACACGACCUUCUCGCUCUCGCACGUCAGCGAAUUCUUCGACCGUAUCCUCGCCGGCAUCGACGACGAGCAAGACAUCCGCACAAUCUGCAACCUUAUGACCUCGAAACUGAUCACGCUCUCGCCUGACGAGACCCAACGACAGCUGAACGCACUCUCCGAGCGCUACACGGCGGUCCUCUCAUUCAAACCCAAGGACAACGCCGUCAAGCAAGAGCUCGAGAAAGCACAGGAAGCCUCAAUGGGCGUUCUCAAGAUCAGCCGCGAGCUGAGCAAGGCGUUCCCUAGCGCUGAGACAUCCGGUGAUAAUCAUAAGUGGAAGGCUUAUAUGGAGUGGGUUCGGAAGACAUUCACUUCGCAGCUGAAGAGUCUCGAUGCGGAGUUUUGAGACGGAUAUGGAAGUAGAGAAAAGAAAGUACAAGAGAUGGCAGGAAAGUGGUUAACUUUGUAGAGACUAUGGCAAAUAU